CGAUCUUUGUUCGUUGCUGGUUUUUGACAGCGGCGGGGGAGCUGGUGAGGAGAGCGGAGGAUCCGUGUGGACCACAGCUUGCUGCUGCAGCGGCCGAGGGGGGACGGACUAGCACUGGCCGGGCACAGUCCCUCAGACACACACCUCAUCAAUUUCUACAGCAUCAACACACACUCACUGCCGGGGGGGAAGGAAUCAGGAGCCGGGUUGCAUCAGACGGUUUGAACCACUUCCUGAAGACAGACAGCGGCUGAGAUUAAAUCCUCACAGUGUGGAUUCAGACUUUGUCACUCCGUUGACUGCCCUGAUUGUGUCGUUGAAUCUGGACAGAAGGUUUUCAUCGUGACACAACUGACCAUGGACAGGAACAGGAAGUGGGUGCCAGGCUUUGCAGCCGUGGUAUUGAUACUCUUGUGUCACACAACCUCAGCGCUGGAAGUGCCUCUUGAUCCUAAAGUACUGGAAGGAUUGCCCCAACCCCCCACUAUAACGCUACAGUCCCCAAAGGAUUACAUCUUUGAUCCGCGGGAGAACAUUGUCAUCCACUGCGAGGCCAAGGGGAAGCCUCAUCCCAGCUUUUCAUGGACAAGAAACGGGACCCACUUUGAUGUAGAGAAAGACUCCAAAGUGUUGAUGAAGCCUGGUUCAGGAACUCUGGUCAUUGACAUCAGUGGGGAAAAGGCUGAGGCCUAUGAGGGAACAUACCAGUGUACGGCACACAACGAGCACGGCACCGCUGUAUCCAACAACAUUGUCAUCAGACAGUCCAGGUCCCCCUUGUGGUCGAAGGAGAGAAACGAGGCUAUUGUGGUGCAGAUGGGGGUCUCCCUAGUGCUGCAGUGCCGACCCCCUGCAGGGCUGCCCCCUCCUGUCAUCUUCUGGAUGGAUAACAACUUCCAGAGGCUUCCGCUGGAUAAACGAGUGUCCCAGGCUCUAAAUGGAGAUUUGUACUUUUCCAACGUUCUGCCAGAAGACACCAGGAAUGACUACAUCUGCUAUGCUCGCUUCCCUCACACACAAACCAUCCAGCAGAAACAGCCCAUCUCAGUCACUGUGCUGGAUAUGGAAACAAUGAAUGAGACUGUGGCUGCUUUAUACAAUGUCACUGAUUUCUAUAGUGACAGCCCAGAUGGGGAGCGUCGCCCCAGUUUCAUGACGCCUCUGGGCAUCACCAGCACCAAGAUGGUUCUGAGAGGGGAGACUCUGGAGCUGGAAUGCAUUGCUGACGGCUUGCCCACUCCAGAGAUCUCCUGGCAGAAGGAUGGAGGAGGAGAGCUGCCGAGCAGCAGGAUGUCCUUUUAUAACUUCAAGAAAACGCUCAAGGUUUCUGACGUGAAUGAAGCUGAUGCUGGGGACUACCGCUGUACAGCCACAAACAAGCUGGGCACUGCACAACACAUCAUCAAGGUCUCUGUUAAAGCGUCUCCUUUCUGGGUCAGCGCUCCCAGGAACCUGAUCCUUGCCCCGAAUGAGACCGGCAUCCUGACUUGUCGAGUCAACGGAGAACCCAAACCCAAGAUUAGCUGGUUUGUCAAUGGAGUCCCCAUAGAGAAUGCACCCGAGGACCACAGUCGGAAGGUGGAUGAUGACACCGUGAUUCUUAGCUAUGUGCAAACUGGGUCCAGUGCUGUCUACCAGUGUAAUGCGUCCAAUGAAUUUGGUUACCUUUUGGCAAACGCUUUUGUCAACGUUCUUGCCGAGGCACCAAGGGUGCUUACUCCACCCAACCGAGUGUACCAGGUCAUCACCAACAACCCUGCGUUACUUCACUGUGCCUCCUUUGGCUCACCAAUACCAACCAUUACAUGGUUCAAAGACAGCCAGACCAGUGUUAAGAAUGGUGACCCUUAUGUAAUCCAUGAGAAUGGUACAUUGGAGAUCCAUGUGGCCCAGCCACUACACAGUGGGAAGUACACCUGCAUUGCCACCAACAACCUGGGAAUCAAGGAGAACCACGUCUACCUGGAGGUUAAAGAGCCCACCCGUAUCCUAAAGCAGCCAGAGUACAAGGAUGUGCAGAGAGGAAUGAGCGCUGUGUUCGAGUGUAAAGUCAAACAUGACCCAUCCCUCAUUCCCACUGUUAUCUGGCUCAAAGAUAAUGGAGAGCUGCCUGAUGAUGAGAGGUUUGAUGUGGACAUGGACAGUUUGACCAUCAGAGACGUGACAGAUGAAGAUGAGGGCACCUACACCUGCAUCCAGAACACCACCCUGGACCAGGACUCAGCCAGCGCUAUGCUGACUGUCAUAGAGCCAACUCCUACUCCAGCUAUUGUCUACGGGAACCCUGACCCUCCGACGGACCUGGAACUGACUGACCAGACAGAGAGGAGCGUUCAGCUCACCUGGACCCCCGGAGAUGAACACAACAGUCCCACACAGAAGUUUCUGAUCCAAUAUGAGGAUCUGCUCCACCAGCCAGGAGUUUGGGUCAACCUGACAGAUGCUCCUGGUACUAGCACCACGGUGCGGUUAAGCCUCUCUCCUUACGUCUACUACUCCUUCAGAGUCCUGGCUCUGAAUGGCGUUGGCUACAGCCAGCCUAGCCAGCCGUCAAGCCAAUACAGGACCAACCCUUCAGCUCCUGAUGAAAAUCCAUCAGAUGUUCAGGGAGUAGGAACAAAGCCUGGCAACUUGGUCAUAUCCUGGACACCGCUGACAGGAUUUCUGGCUAAUGGGCCCGGUCUGGAGUACAAAGUGCAAUGGAGACAAAAGGACGUGGAUGAGGAUUGGUCCUCAAAGACUGUGGCCAACGUUUCCCAGUUUGCUGUCUCUGGAACUCCAACAUAUGUGCCCUACGAGAUCAAGGUUCAAGCUUUGAACGAUUAUGGCAGCGGCCCAGAGCCUGAAGUAGUGAUUGGAUACUCUGGAGAAGACUUGCCUUUGUCUGCUCCUGAUAGUGUGCAGGUCAUGGUUCACAACAGCACACUCGCGGAAGUACAGUGGGAGCCUGUUUCUUUCCAAUCAGUUAGAGGAAAACUACAGGGAUACAAGGUAUACUUCCGACGCAUUCGUGGCUUGCAUGAGACAGAGGAGGACACAGAGCAGCAGGAGCAGGUUUUGACGUUCAGUGGGAAUCGUAGCGAGGGACGUCUGCCAGGCCUCCAGCCUUACAGCCUCUACAACCUCACCAUCAGGGUCCUUAAUAUCAAAGGAGGGCCUCCUAGCCCCAGCAAGAAUUUUGAGACACCAGAGGGAGUCCCAGGGCCUCCUUCUUUUCUGAAUGUCAUAAACCCUGGUUUGGACUCUCUCACUCUGGAAUGGGGCCCACCAAUGAACAACAAUGGACGCCUCGCUGGAUACACACUAAAAUACCAACCAGUCAACAACACCAAUGAACUGGGGCCUGUCAAGGUAAUCAACAUCCUUGCCAACGAGACCACCGUUACCCUGAGCAACCUGAACUCUAGCAUGCUCUACAAGUUUUACAUGAGUGCAAAGACAAUAAAGGGCUCUGGCCCCAUCAUCACAGAGGAAGCCUUCACAGCCAUGGACACAACUCGUACUCAGCCCACUGUAGAGAUGGGCAAAGGCCCUACAGAGCCCCCUCACCCAACCUCCCCCAUCACUCAGUCUCCGCACCCCCCGUUUCACAAGGUGCCGCCUGUAGGCCCUGCGUUUGGCAAAGUUAACACGUCCAUGUUGGAGGAUGGUGCAGUGAUCAGUUGGGAUUACUUUGGACACCAUAAGAAUGUAUAUGUGGAAUAUGUUGUAGAAAACAGUAAAGAGGACUGGAAAAAGGAGUUGGUAAAUGGUUCACACUGGCAUAUGAUAAAAGGUUUAAAGCCGGGGACAUCCUAUAAGGUGCGAGUGGUAGCUAGAGACCCAGCUGACCCGACGGUUCACAGCACAGACGAGGUGUUGGUUGCGGUGCCAGCUGUACCCAGUCGGCAGGUAGACAUUGCCACCCAGGGCUGGUUUAUUGGACUGAUGUGUGCCAUCGCUCUCCUCAUCUUGGUCCUUCUCAUAGUGUGCUUCAUCAAGAGGAACAAGGGUGGCAAAUACCCAGUGAAAGAGAAAGAAGAUGCUCACCAAGACCCAGAGAUCCAGCCUAUGAAGGAGGAUGAUGGUACAUUUGGAGAGUACAGUGACACAGAGGACCACAAGCCGCUGAAGGGCAGCCGGACACCAUCCAACGGGACGGUGCGCCGCGACGAGAGCGACGACAGCCUGGUGGACUACGGGGAGGGCGGGGACGGACAGUUCAAUGAGGACGGCUCCUUCAUCGGCCAGUACAGCGGCAAGAAAGAGAAAGACACACACGAAGGCAACGAGAGUUCGGAGGCCCCGUCGCCUGUCAACGCCAUGAACUCGUUUGUCUAACGGAGGGCCCGUGGCAUGACUGCGACGGUUUGCUGCGGCCACUCCUUGUCACCCUGGCAAAUGUGACCAUAUCUGUGGUGACAGUUGCUAAGGUGACAGUCGUGGACACCUAGUUUUACCAUGGUGGCUGUCACUCCGGUGGCCCCUCGCCAUGGCUACCUGUCACCAAGAGACUGCUGACACGCCCUCAUCUCCACAUCGCCAGUCCCUGUCACACUGUGACCUCCUCUGAUCUACGCACACACACAACAUGGCAAAGACCGACAUACGCAUCCCCCAUAACCAAUGAAAGAAGGUGUGAAAGGAGGGAUGUGAAGACUCCGAGAAGAGGGAAGAAAAGAGGAAGCAAUAUAGAAAAGCAGAAGGAAUGUGCUAGGGAGUUUUACCACUUAGACUGAGCAGAAGUGUGUGUGUGUUAGUGCCAUUUCAUCUCCUUUGCAAACAUUCAUAAACAUGAUGUAUCCAAAUAAUCCAAAUAUAUAUUUUAUCAAAGUACGAUACAUGACCCGCAGGCAGACAAAUAUGCAUUGAAUCACAUUCAUCACAUGCAUGGAGUAAAUCAUGAUUCUAUUCAGCAUUUUACCACCCUUGUGUUGCAGAGGUGAGCUGUGGUUGAGGCUGUAUAUGGUGCACGUCUACUAGUGACUGGGUAUUCCUCUUGUUUGUUGCCAGUCAAAGUGUUAAAUGGCGUAUGUUAUAUAGAGGAAACAAGUCCUGCAGGGUCUUUGUGGAUACUGCUGUGAAAUGUGUGACUCAAAGUAGAGGCUAGUAUAUGUCUUGUUGAGACAGAUGAACUGUGUAUGUAAAAGAAUAAGAAGAAAGCUGUAUUUUAAGGCCAGGGUUGUCCAUUUGUAGUGAUUGGAAACCUUGGAAACACUUUGAACUCAGCGUUCGGUCACCAACCAGCCAACCAAAAGUCCCACAUUUAUAUCAAUCGACCUGUUUUUAGCCUCACGGUUUGUCAAGCUUGUUCUUUGCUUGUAUUUUUUAAUUUUUAAAUUUUUUUGCUUUCACUCCCGAUCUGUUACUUUACACCAAGCUUAUGCUUCAGGCUACUGAGCACUAACUGAACACAGCUGUGAUUGAUCCAGUGUCAUUGUCAAGUGCUUCCACCCCGCUGAAUCGUGGCCACUGUGCACGCCUUUCCUUUAGGCAAUCGUGGUAUUGUCAAAGCUUCCCCAACAUUGUCUCCAAUAGCAUUUCCACCUAUGUAAUGUCAGAAAAAAAAGAGAAAAAUGAUGCAGUUACAUACAAAAGAUGCACCUGAACAGGGUUAAGUGGUACCCACUUUUAGUUUCUGGAUGUUUAGAUUUUGAUGAUCAAGAACCUCUCAGCACGGUUUCUAGUGCCUUCGUAGAGAACAGUGACUUAGAUCCAUAGAGUUGCAUCCCUCUUCAUACACAGGACAGACCUGGGAUCAGUGCAGUUCUUAAGAGUCCAUGAGUUCUUCGCAUACAGACUACCAUCCCAUAUUACUCAAUAGACAACUUGGAAAAAUAAGCUCUGUUUUAGAAUGUUUUCCUAAGGGCAUGUUCAAACUAGGGCCUAUUAGUUUGAGCUCUAUAUUGUCACCAAGUCUUUUAAAACAGUUUGUGAAACAUCCAUGAGGGCUUAUUAACUUAAAAUACCCUCUUUGAGUCUCACUUUAGGGUCCAGGGUUCCUACACAGUGCUGAAAGCUAUUUUAAAAAAUGACAUGGCAUUAGUUGCGAGGAAUAAUUUUCAGCUAUAGAUUGUUAUGGCCUUGUUGACAAUCAUCCACCCAAUAAUCAUCAAUAAUCAGCCCAUAUGGUAUGCAAACAGACAGUCAAAUCAUACCCUCUAUCUAAAGAAUGAAAGGAAAUGUGUGGAAUAUUCAAAUGUGUAGGAAACCUGAGUUCAGAGCAUUUACACCUCAUGAGCUGUCUUCAUGUAUUCAUUUCAAACAUUCUCCUCGGAACACAUUCAUCUUGAGGAGGAGCCGCUGCUCCAGCAGCACUUAUUUACUGCCAACCUACUCACCAGGUAACUGCCUACGGCAACCAGACUCACCAUCUGGCACAGAAUACUAUUCGAACGGGACUUUCUGUCACUGGUAGCACUUAGAAAUGAAGGGGUCGGAAAAAUUGCGUAAUGAUACUGAAUGUGGAAGCAAGUGUAUCGGUUUAUGUGGAUGAAAAUAUUGCUUGUUUCACUGCAAAUGGUAAAACACACCGGUGACUUUGGUUUAUGCAUUUAACCUUAUAUCUGUGUAUGUUGUCACGUUCUGAGGACAGCACUCAGUGAGUUUUCUAUUCCCAUAAAUGAAUGAAGCCUGUGUGUGAAUGUUUGGGUGCGUGUGUGUGUGUGUGUGUGUGGGGCACAUGCAUGCUACUGUGUUACAGCGUGCGUGAUGUAUAAUAUCGCUUUUCCAUGGAUAACAGUCUGCAAUUCUGAUGUGUCUGAGAUACAAGAGCUUUUUCUUUCUUCCAGAGAACAUUUCCACGUCUUAGGUUUAUCAUAACUUGCAUCAAGUUUUGAGGUUGCAAUGUGCCAGCUGUCCACAUGUAGAUAUUUUUGUUGUACUUUGUAAAUAACGGCUUGACUUGAGAGCAGACGCGUUGAGGUCAGGGGUGAGGGCUCGACCACAAUCAGCCCCGCUUCAUUAUGGGUCGGAGGGCGUUGUGUGAGAUGAGACUAUUUACAGUUUUCAAUCUUUCAUUUGCUGUGAAAUUUCUUUUAUUUCUUCAAUUUUUUUUUUUACUUGUCAGGUGAAUUUGCUAGUUCAAAUGUUUAGCCUAUCAGGUAUCAAAGGAGAUUAUUUAACUUGUGACUGAGCUCUUGUGACACCUGUAUUGUUUCUGUCUCUGACAGUUCAUGCACCUUUUCUGUAUUUUUUAUAAAAAGGCACACACUUAAACAGGAUGUGUAAUUUAAAACACAUCUGUGCAUCUAGUUUAUGACAGCAUCUGGUAUCGGAACGCAGCAUGUUGUACCAAACUAGACAUCAGGUGAAACUGACACAUUCUUUUAAGAGUGUGCACCUAAAAAAAAACUAAAAAAGAAAAACUGUAUUUUGGAGCAUACAGAAGGAUGGCCGGCAUGGACCGAUAAACGGACUGGCACAUUGGAGUGUGAAUACCCUGAAAACAAUGUAGUGACUGGUGAACAUACAGUAAGAUAUACAGUAUAUGAUAUAAUAUGACAUUCUGGUUAAUGUUGAAGCUACAUGAGAAGCAUGAAAGGCUGUCGAAAUGGUUUACUCUACAAUAUAAUAUUGGGAAAUAUUUUGUAUUUUAAAUGAAGUUUAAAAAAUAUGAAAUAAAUGUUGGUUUCAGGUUUCAAAU